ACUACGAGUCCGAGGUCUACGAGGCGGCGGCCGGGGACGCGGUGGCGGUAGCGCCGGCGCCCGCUGCGGCCGUGGAGCCCGCCGAGUUGGAUUUCGGAGCCGGCGAGGGCCACCACCUGCAGCACAUCAGCGACCGAGAGAUGCCCGAAGAUUUAGCUUUGGAAUCAAACCCUUCUGACCACCCCAGGGCAAGCACAAUUUUCCUCAGCAAAUCUCAGACGGAUGUGCGUGAAAAGAGGAAGAGCAACCAUUUAAACCAUGUAUCUCCAGGGCAGCUUACUAAAAAGUAUAGCUCAUGCUCAACAAUAUUUCUAGAUGACAGCACAGUCAGCCAGCCUAACCUUAGAACCACAAUAAAAUGUGUGACCUUAGCAAUAUAUUACCACAUAAAGAACAGAGAUGCAAAUAGAUCCCUGGACAUUUUUGAUGAGCGAUCACAUCCACUCACAAGAGAGAAAGUUCCAGAGGAAUACUUUAGGCAUGACCCUGAACACAAAUUUAUUUACAGAUUUGUUCGAACACUUUUUAGUGCUGCACAGCUGACAGCGGAAUGUGCAAUAGUGACGUUGGUUUACUUGGAGAGACUUCUAACUUACGCUGAGAUUGACAUCUGUCCCACCAACUGGAAGAGAAUUGUGUUGGGAGCCAUCCUUCUUGCCUCCAAGGUCUGGGAUGAUCAGGCUGUGUGGAAUGUGGACUACUGCCAGAUUCUCAAGGACAUUACAGUCGAGGACAUGAAUGAGAUGGAAAGGCAUUUCUUGGAGCUGCUCCAGUUUAAUAUUAACGUUCCUGCCAGUGUUUAUGCCAAAUACUACUUUGACCUUCGCUCCUUAGCAGAUGACAACAACCUGAAUUUUCUGUUUGCUCCUCUCAGCAAAGAAAGAGCGCAGAACCUAGAGGCCAUUUCAAGGUUGUGUGAGGACAAAUACAAAGACUUGUGUAGAGCUGCUAUGAGAAGAUCUUUAAGCGCUGAUAAUUUCAUUGGUAUUCAGCGCUCGAAUGCCAUCCUUUCUUAAGAGAGAGACAUGAGGAGUGGGAACACCAAGGACUCCUCAUUGACAAAGACUGGAGAAAUAGCACCUCUCCUGGUCAGAGACCAGCAUAGGUGGGACUCCACCCAAUGGAAAGACCUCAAAUUCACGAGACUCUGGACAGUGACUGCUGACUCCAUAGGAAAGAAUGGGACCUUGUCAAAACAACCACUCUCUGUCCUUUGUAAUGUAAACAGUUACAAAAACCACUCCAAAGCAAAGCUCUGACCACACACAGAUAUUGCUUACCAUGUAGGCCAAUGGCUGUGAAAUAUGUGAGGUUUUUAAAUUGUUUCAAUUUUUAGACUUUCGUUUGAGACAGGGUCUUAUGUAGCCUGGGCUGGCCUCAAACUCAAUAUAUGACUGAGGCUGGCCUUGAACUCCAGAAUCUUCCUGCCUCUACCUCCCAAGUGCUGGGAUUACCAUGCCUGGCUCAGAUUUUUAGACUUUAAAGACACUAACCAUAUAACUUUUGUUUUUCUUGCCCCACCCACCCCCUCCAACUGCUGCAUAUGCUUUUAGAAUUGAUUCAGUAUUACCAUUAAAACAUGAGACUCCUUCCCAUUUUUGUGGUGCUGGGAAUCAAACUGAGGACUUAGCAUGUGCUCGGUGAGCACUUGACCACUGAGCUACACUCCUCAGCCCCAAGCAUGGGAUACUUAACACUCAUGAAACCACCUAGGAGCACGUUGUAGCAUCGUUGGGUAUUAAAAGCUCUCCUACUGUGUCAUCAAGCUGCUAGUCAUUAUUGGCAAUCAGUUUAAAUUACCAAAAAGCUGCUGGCUAACACUCGCCAUUCAUAUUCUCUGCAAGCACUGCUUGCUGGCAUUUUGGUAUGUUUGGAGCCAUAAAGAGAAAGUAUCAGUUGUUGCCGACUUCUGUUGGGUCCACGCUGCAUUUCCUGUGAACUAUUAAUGGUGCUUCUCAUUUUCUGAUGGUUUUUCUCAUUGUUAAACAAGUGUAUUAAAAGAUAUUUUCAUAAUGCCAAA